GUCAAAACUCGUGCUCUGGCGUCUGAUAUAAAUAAAUCAGCGGUGUUGUUUUUACAAAAAUAAACAUUUAUUAACUAAAUGUGUAAUUAGCAAAUUAGGUACAUUGUACAAAAAACCUACUGCGAUGAUUUCAAGGAGCUUUAAUCGCCACCCUUUAAAAUUAGGUUUCACAUUUAGAAGACAUAAUUCAACAGCACCAGCUCAAUUACAGGAGACCACAAGUGAAGAUGUUACACCGCUAAAAAUCAAUCCUUUGGAACAUCCUGACUAUUUUCAAGUUCAUAAUUUAUUUACAGUAAAAGAUUUAUUCGAUGCUCGUGUACACUGUGGCCAUAAAGAAGGAUCACUUAAUGACUAUAUGCGACCUUAUCUUUAUGGAUCAAGACUUGGCCAUUUAAUGUUUGACUUGGAUAUUACAGCCAAACACCUUCGAAGAGCACUUAAUUUUACUGCUCAUAUUGCUUAUAGAGGUGGUAUUAUUUGUUUCUUCAACAGAAAUGCACUAAAUUGUCACACAGUAGAAAAAACCGCCAAAGAAUGUGGAGAAUAUGCACACACUAGGUUUUGGAGAGGAGGUAUAUUUACAAAUGCUAAUCAUCAGUUUGGUGCUGUUACAAGACUUCCAGAUCUUUGCAUCUUUCUGAAUACUCAAAAUAAUAUACUCAAUCAACAUACAGCUGUGAGAGACAGUGCAAAGAUGCUUAUUCCUACUAUUGGUAUUGUAGAUACGAACUGCAAUCCGAAUCUAAUCACUUAUCCAGUGCCAGGAAAUGAUGAUACACCAGUAGCUAUAGAGCUAUAUUGUAAGUUAUUUAAAGAAGCUAUUUUAAGGGGCAAAGCAGAGAGAGUAAAGUUUUUACAAGAAAAUGCUUAAUAUCAAUAAAGAGAGAAAAUUUUGAAGAUAAAUAAAUAGAG